GAACGCGAUCUCUCUCUCCGUCUCUCUCUCUCUCUCUCUCUCUCUCCAUAGCCUCACGCGCAUUUCCGUAAGCAACAACCGUCAGCAGAAAAGCUCUGCGGCGAUAUCGCGGCGAUCCGAGUUCCGAGCUUGAGCCCCGGCGAUGGAGAACCUGAUCACGCUGGUCAACAAGAUUCAGAGAGCCUGCACGGCCCUCGGCGAUCACGGCGACGAGAGCGCUCUUCCUACUCUCUGGGACUCCUUGCCUUCCAUCGCCGUCGUCGGCGGCCAGAGCUCUGGGAAAUCUUCAGUUCUGGAGAGCGUUGUUGGGAAGGAUUUUUUGCCUCGUGGAUCUGGGAUUGUUACCCGGCGCCCUCUUGUUCUGCAGCUUCACAAGAUUGAUGAAGGACGAGAAUAUGCUGAGUUUAUGCACCUCCCAAGGAAGAGGUUCACUGAUUUUGCUGCUGUUAGAAAGGAGAUCGCUGAUGAGACUGAUCGAGAGACUGGCCGAAGCAAACAAAUUUCCGGCGUUCCUAUCCAUCUAAGCAUCUUCUCUCCUAAUGUUGUGAAUCUGACUUUGAUUGACCUUCCUGGGCUUACAAAGGUUGCAGUUGAGGGUCAACCCGAUAGCAUUGUGCAAGACAUUGAGAAUAUGGUUCGGUCCUAUAUUGAGAAGCCCAAUUGCAUCAUUUUGGCAAUAUCCCCUGCCAACCAAGAUCUUGCUACCUCAGAUGCAAUUAAAAUCUCCCGUGAAGUAGAUCCUAGAGGUGAAAGAACUUUUGGAGUUUUGACAAAGAUUGAUCUGAUGGACAAGGGCACUGAUGCAGUUGAUAUCCUUGAAGGAAAAUCAUACAAGCUCCAGUUUCCCUGGAUUGGCGUUGUUAAUCGCUCUCAAGCUGAUAUUAACAAAAGUGUAGACAUGAUCGCUGCGCGACGUAGGGAGAGAGAAUAUUUUGUUAAUAGCCCAGAAUAUCGGCAUCUUGCUAACAGGAUGGGUUCUGAGCAUCUAGGGAAGGUGCUUUCUAAGCAUUUGGAAGGUGUAAUCAGGUCAAAAAUUCCAGCCCUUCAAUCACUUAUCAGCAAGACAAUUAUUGAACUAGAAACAGAACUGAGCCGACUUGGGAAGCCUAUAGCGACUGAUGCUGGAGGAAAACUAUACAUGAUCAUGGAAAUAUGCCGUGUCUUUGAUCAGAUAUUUAAAGAACAUCUCGAUGGCGUCCGCCCUGGUGGUGAUAAAAUAUACAAUGUGUUUGAUAACCAACUUCCCGCUGCAAUGAAGAGACUCCAAUUCGACAAAAAUCUUUCAAUGGAUCAUGUGAGAAAACUUAUCACAGAAGCUGAUGGUUAUCAACCGCAUCUAAUAGCUCCGGAACAGGGAUAUCGUCGCCUUAUUGAGUCUUCCUUAGGUACUAUCAAAGGUCCUGCUGAGGCUGCUGUCAAUGCGGUACACGCGAUACUGAAGGAGUUGGUUCACAAGGCUAUCAGCGAGACAGUGGAAUUAAAGCAGUAUCCCUCUUUGAAGGUGGAAGUUACCUCUGCAGCUUGUGAAUCUUUAGACAGAAUGAAAGAAGAAAGCAGAAAAGCAACGCUUCAGCUAGUGGACAUGGAGUCUGGUUACCUGACAGUCGAAUUCUUCCGCAAGCUUCCCCAAGAUAUUGAGAAGGGUGGAAAUCCGACGCACUCGAUUUUCGAUAGAUAUAAUGAUGCAUAUCUCCGACGAAUUGGGAUGACCGUGCUCUCGUACAUCAACAUGGUUUGUGCAACUUUGAGGAACUCCAUUCCAAAGUCCAUUGUCUACUGUCAAGUACGCGAGGCCAAACGUAGCUUAAUGGAUUAUUUCUUUGCUGAACUGGGUAAAAAGGAGGCUAAGCAGUUAGCUUCUUUGCUGAACGAAGAUCCAGCUGUCAUGCAGCGGCGUACCUCCCUCGCUAAGAGGUUGGAGUUAUACAGAAGUGCACAGACAGAGAUUGAUGCUGUUUCAUGGUCCAAGUAGAGGGGUGCCGAUUACGCAUUGGAGUUUAAGACAGCUGCGAUUCAGUUCUUGGGUUUUGGAGAUUCCGAUUCUUUAUACGCAGAUUUUAGUGUAGGGGCAGAUGGCCUAUUUGCCAUGCGUUUCUUGGUCAUUCAUUUGAGGGAUGUCAGCAUAUUAGCUUUGCCUGUAUACUGUCCAUUCUUUGGUAGUAGACUUCACAUUUACUUCUUUCUAAA